AUGGCGUCUGCCACGACGAACGCAGCUAAGAGAAAGAUAGUGGUAGCUGGAGGAAAUGGAUUUCUAGGCUCGAGAAUAUGCAAGUAUGCAGCAACAAGAGGAUGGGAUGUGGUAUCGUUAAGUCGCUCGGGAGAGCCUGUCUGGUCUUCAGUCUCCUCAUCACCUCAGCCACCGCCAUGGUCGAAAGACGUGCACUGGAUCAAGGCCGAUAUCCUUAAGCCUGCGUCCUAUGUGAAUCACCUUGAAGGCACGUAUGCGGUCGUGCAUACAAUGGGCAUACUGCUGGAGGCAGACUACAAAGGAGUAGUCUCAGGUAAAGAAUCGCCAAUCUCUGGCCUGCGACGGGCCUUCUCGAGUACCAAGAAGGGCAGUGCCAGAAACCCGUUAGAGCGUGGUGAAGAGAAGAGCAGCGACGAGGGAAUCGGCAUAGGCGAGGCUGAUGGCCAGAUAACCUACGAGCUGAUGAAUCGUGACUCAGCAUUGAGUCUUGCGACUGAAGCACAGGCGCAAGGUGUACCGACCUUUGCGUACAUCUCUGCAGCGGCAGGAGCACCCAUAUUGCCUACACGGUACAUCACGACGAAGCGGGAAGCUGAGUCGCUACUAUCCACAAAAUUCCCACAGAUGCGCAGUCUCUUCUUUAGGCCUGGCUUCCUUUACGAUUCGAGUCGUGCAUUCACAAUACCAAUCAUGGCUGCUGGAAUGGUCGGAAAUACAGUUAAUGAGUGGUUGUUUAGAGGUGCACUGACAAGGCUUGUGGGAGCCGCUGUGGAAAAGCCUUUGAAGGCAGACAUCGUAGCAGAGGCCGUGGUGGAGGGUAUCGCUGAAGAGGAAGUCAGUGGUGUACAGCAAACAAGGCAGAUCGAAGCUCUAGCGGCCAAGGCUUGGAGAAGAGGCAUGCUAUAG